AGAAAUUUCAGGGAGAUCUUUUGGAUUUGUCUGAAAGUUUAGAAUACAAGUGUCAUUUGAUCAUUUCCUCUGUUCAGACAGGAGGUGAGAGAGGUAGUUCAGCGGGAUGUGCUGUGGGACGUUGUGGGGGGCUGAUUUCAACUCCUCGGACUGGUGAGGGAGAGGCGGAGAGGGUAGCUACCUAGCAGGUAGCAGCGUAGCAGCUGCUGUGAGUAGUGAAUCACAAGCACGUCCAUCCAUGGAGGACUUGAAUUGAUACUUUCUUUCCACCUCUGUCUCUCCUCCUGUCUUAGGAGGAGGAGCGGGAGGAGGGUUUUAGUGGGGAACGUUUCUUCUUCAGAUUUGCAGCAUGAAGAGCAAGAUUAGAAUCUUCCCAUUUUCCUGUGUACUGGCCUUUGCCUUCUACCUCACCAAUCUCGUAAGGGCACAAAGCGCACUUUGUCCUGAUGGUUGGGAAAUCAGCCCCAGUAAAAGCAAGUGUUUUCGACUAAUAGCAAGCUCCCUUUCUUGGGAUGAGUCAGAAUCCCAAUGUAAGGAAUAUUAUGGGCACUUGGCAGCACUAACAUCAUCUCAGGAGCUAAGCUUUGCUGGAAAACUCUGUAGCACUACAGUGAAUGGUUGCUGGGUUGGAGGAAGAGGCUUCAAUUCUACUAGUGGUUUUAGUUGGAAGUGGUCUGACAAUACAACUCAUUGGAAUGAGUCAAUCUUCCCUGGGGCACCUUUUCGCUCCAAUUGCUCAAAUUCAUCAUGCCAGGGCAUUAAUCUGAUUAAUACAUGUACCUUAGUGACUAAUGGCCAGGCAACCCUUGUAGGCAAGAGAUGCAAUACCUCUCAUGAGUUCAUCUGUAUGCUCAAUAUAGAGAACAAAUGCUACCACCACCGCUGUCACAAGGAAUAUCUUAUCAUCCUUGCAACUGUUAGUGGGUUGAUCCUUUGUACAACUUUGGCUGUUGUGGUUUGGCUGCUUGCAUACAGGAGAAGCAAGAGACGUAGAAGAUCUCGCAAAGCAUCUAAUCCUUCGGCAUCUGCAUUAGUUCCUCCAUCAUGGAAAGUCUUCAUCAAUGAGGAGUUGAGAUCAAUUACAAAGAAUUUUAGUGAAGGAAACCGUCUUGUUGGAGAUGCUAAAACUGGUGGGACAUACAGUGGGCUUUUACCUGAUGGAACAAGGGUAGCAGUGAAGAGAUUGAAAAGGUCUAGCUUCCAAAGAAAGAAGGAAUUCUAUUCUGAGAUUGGAAGAGUUGCUAAGCUUCAUCAUCCUAAUCUUGUAGCUGUCAAAGGAUGUUGCUAUGAUCAUGGUGACCGUUAUAUUGUUUAUGAGUUUGUUGCUAAUGGACCCUUGGAUAGAUGGCUACAUCACAUACCUAGAGGUGGGAGAAGCUUGGAUUGGGCAAUGAGAAUGAGAAUCGCAACAACUCUUGCACAAGGCAUUGCAUUCCUGCAUGACAAGGUGAAGCCACAUGUGGUGCAUCGAGAUAUCCGUGCCAGCAAUGUACUGCUUGAUGAAGAGUUUGGAGCGCAUUUGAUGGGUGUAGGACUGUCAAAAUUUGUACCAUGGGAAGUGAUGCAUGAAAGGACAGUGAUGGCGGGUACCUAUGGGUACCUAGCUCCAGAAUUUGUCUACAGAAAUGAGCUGACAACAAAAAGUGAUGUUUAUAGCUUUGGAGUGCUGUUGCUUGAACUUAUUAGUGGCCGUAGACCUGCCCAAGCAGUUGAUUCUGUGGGUUGGCAAACCAUAUUUGAAUGGGCUACACCUCUGGUGCAGUCUCACCGGUAUCCAGAACUGCUAGAUCCAGUUAUCUCCGACAUUCCUGAAGUUGGGGUCAUACAAAAGGUGGUGGACCUUGUAUAUGCUUGCACACAACAUGUCCCGUCAGUGCGGCCAAGGAUGUCACAUGUUGUUCAUCAGUUGCAACAAUUGGGAUUGAAAACGGUGUGUGAAAAGGCAAGAAAUGGUACAAGCACAAACACAAGCACAAGCACUACCUCUCGACUGUUUCCAUUUGAGGUGGAGAUUAACAAUGUAUAAUGUAAGAGGCAAGCUCCAGCACAGAAGUAGCCCAUACCCAUUCACUCUUUUUAAUAUUGAAACUUUGGUCCAAACUUUGCUAAUAUAAACAAUUUAUUAGGAUUUUCUGUCAUACUUUAGUUAAUA